CUGAAAACGACUGUUCCCUGAAACAAUGAAAACCGCCACCCCUGCACUCUACUCAACAUGGUACAGUCUAAGUUCCUCUACUAUAUAGCCCAUUGGAAACUCUCAAGUUCUGUUUAACAGUUUGGACCCCUAACCAGCAGUUGGUCCAGACGGACAGACAGCAGCAGCAGCAUGGCCACAGAGGAGGACUCCGCUCUGCUCUUCCUCAUCUUCCAGCACCUGAAGGUGAACGGCUACGAGAAAGCUGCAAAGGUGCUGAAAAAACACGUCGCUCAGGUGGAGACACCAGAGGAGACCUCCAACCUACAUGAUAUCUACACUAGCUGGAUGAAGUUGUGCUCUCUGGCUCAGCAUGCCAAGCAGGAGACGGAAGACUCCUCGACUUUGAAGAAGAAGAGCAUCAAACCAGAACCGGCCACCAGCGAAGAAGAAGAAGGCGAAGUCACUAAACUCUCCAACAUCACAGAGGAAAAUAAUGUGGACGCCAAACCUCCACCUGGGUCCAAGACUGAUGUUGUUGUUGAGUCGUCUGAUGCAGAGCUCCCCUGUGAGGAGAGAGACGCUGAGACGGUCUCUGAGCAGCUGCUGCAUCCUGCAGGUGAAACCAACACAACAAACUCAGACAGAGAAGAAGAAGAAAAAAAGAACGAGGAGGAGGAAACAAAAAACGAGCAAGAGUCAGCUCCCGUUGAAGUGUCUGCUAAGGCAUCCAACGAGGCAGAAAGUUCCAGCUCCCACUCUGAGGAAGAGGCUGAACCCGGCCCGGUCGAGCCCAGACAAGCUGCCUCUGAUCAGGCUGAGGAUCAGCUCGCGGCCCCCAAUCCAGCUGCGACCUCCGGCGAUGAGCCUAAAGAGGACGACGAUGAGCUGAAGGAGGUGACAGAAGCAGCCACAGACGAAACCUCUGCAUCUGAACAGAAAACCGAGGCCUCAGAAGAAGAUGAGGAAGCCAGCGCUGCAAAGAAGCCCAGCCCAGCCGAACCCACCACAGCAGACCUGACGGCUCAGGAGACCAAUGACCAGCAGACGGAGAGCGAAGCCCCGUCCCCUGCAGACCCUGAUUCUGAAAAUCCAAAUGAGGAAGAGGAGGAAAAGGAGGAGGAGAAAUCCAAGAGGACAGAGGGCAGUGAUGUCACAUCCCCACUGAAGCCUGAAGACCAGACGGAGACGUCAACAACCCCAGACAAGCCCAUCGCUGACACUGGAAAGAUGACGGUGGUUGCGGCGGCAGAAGACCCAGAAGUCUCCAUCAUCCUCAACAUCGAAGCCGAAGACAGCAAAGCAACCGAGCAAGGACCAGCCAACCGCUUCCUGAAGAGGCUGCAGAGUCCUGCGAAGAUGCCGAAACUCCCAAGAAGAAGAAGAAAAAGAAGAGCAAUACAUCAAGCACAGAUUCAUCCACCUUAGAUACAUCCAGCGAUACUUCUCUUUCCACCAAGUCUGGCAAAAAGAAAAAGAGAGACAAAAAGAGAGGCGGAGGAGGUGCCAGAGGAAGAGGAGGAACAGAAGGAAGAGGAGGAGAAGCAGGAAGAGGAGAAGCAGGAAGGACAUGUCUCAGGCCACUUCAUCAGAGAAGAAGAAGAAGAAGAAGGCUAAGAAAAGGAAAAGGGAGCAAGAUGAAGUGGAAGAGAAAGAUGAAGACACUCCCGUCGCUCCUUCAGAAAAUAAGAUUAAAAAGAAAAAGUUAAAAGGUGUGGAAGAGGAGCAAAGCCAGGCAGUGGGAGAGGAGGAGGAGAAAGUGGAGAAUCUCGUGAGUCCAGCUGAGACAACAGAGGAGAAAAAAGAAAAAGAAGAAAAAGAGGAAAAAGGCGGGCGGACAAGAGAAAGAGGAGGUGCAGUCUGAUGAAAGACCAGCAGGGAGCGACAAAGACACAGAAAAAGGAGGCGGAGGCCACAGACGGAAACACCUCUCAGCUCUCCUCGGCCAAAAAGAAACGUCUCAGGAAGAAGUUCAGCCUGAAGAAGAGAUUGAGGAUGAAGAGAGAGGAGGUGAAGAAGAGAGCGGCAGCAUCACUUCAGAACCGACUGCAGAGGAGGGCAAGAAGAAGCUCAACGGCAGAAAGAAACAAAACCAGAUCGAGGAGGCAGCAGAGGAGACGCCUCGAUCAAAACCAGCCAAAAGACCUCACCUGAUUCUGCCCAGGAGGGGGACGACGACGACACACCAAAGAAGAAAGAAAAAGAUGAGAAUGAACACAGAACAAGAAGAAAACUCCUCAAAGGAAAACCAACCGCCAAAGACGAAGAAGGAGAAAAAGAAAAGAAGAGUUGGCGAAGGAGGAGGAUGAAAGCGGUGCGGGUGAGCGCCGAGCCUCCUGAAGUCGACUCGUCUCCACUUUCAAAGGAAAGCAAGAAGAAGAAAAAGAACAAGAUGAAGACUGGAGGAGGCGAGGAGACGACGCAGAGCUCAACUCCCAUCACUGAGAGCCAAGAUGGACCUGCAAAGAAAAAGAAGAAGAACCGAUUAAAGGCGAAACUGGAACCGGCUGCAGACGAACAAACUCCUACAGCUUCUUCUACG